AUGGUGGAUAAUGAUCAAGUUACCAAUGACCUUUGUUUACUUCCUGAUCUCAAUGACGAUCCCUCUACUACGCCUUUCAAUGCUAUCGAAUUCGAUUCAUCCAUCUCUGAUCUCCUAAGCGUGGAACAUAAUCCAUUUCUUGAUCAAUCUGUGGAUAUACCUAAAGAGGAAGAUCCACAAUAUGAUGUUGAACCAGACUCUUCUCCAAAGGUGUAUAUUGCACCAAGGGUCACGAUUAACCAUCAAGACUCGUUUUCACUAGACUCUCGAAUCGAUUGUAUUGAAGAUGCUAGGAUUUUGCCUGAUUCACCUGGAGGAUCAAGCCAAGAUGUUGGUCUCUCACGUCUAAGAGUUCCUGGUUCACCUAGAGCUUUUGUGCAUCCAAGAACAUCUGUAUCCCCGCGUUUCGGGUCACCCACGAGUCCCGUGUUGAUUGAUACCGCUGCGCCGUUUGAAUCGGUGAAGGAAGCAGUUUCAAAGUUUGGAGGGAUCACAGAUUGGAAAGCACAUAAAAUCCAAACAAUAGAGAGACGGAAGACGGUUGAUCAAGAGCUUGAGAAGAUACAAGAGCAUAUGCCUGAGUAUAAGAAUCAGGCUGUUGUAGCGGAAGAGGCGAAGCAGCAAGUGGUGAUGGAGCUUGAGAGCACAAGGAGUGUUAUCGAGGCGCUAAAACUCGAGCUAGAAAAGGCUGAAAAAGAGGAGCAACAAGCGAAACAAGACUCUGAUCUUGCGAAGAUGCGUGUGGAGGAAAUGGAGCAAGGGAUAGCUGAUGAGUCUAGUGUUGCAGCAAAAGCGCAGCUCGAGGUGGCUAAAGCGAGGCAUUUGUCAGCGGUUUCUGAGCUAGGAUCGGUGAGAAAAGAGAUAGAAAUGGUCUCUAAUGAGUAUGAAUCUAUGUUGAGGGAAAACGAGUUGGCUGCGAAAAAAGCCGAGGAUUUAGUUUUGGAAGCUAAAGAUUUAGAGAAACAGAUGGAGGGUUUGACAAUAGAGGUGAUUGCAACCAAGGAGUUGUUGGAGUCAGCGCAUGCGGCUCAUCUCGAAGCGGAAGAAAAGAAACUAAAUGCAGUCAUGGAUCGGGACCACGACGUGUAUAACCGGGAGAAGGAACUGAAAAUGAUAGAAGACGAGAUUGAGAGGCUUAGACAAGAGAUUAAUGUGGCGGAUGAUGUGAAAAUCAAACUAGAGACUGCUUCUACACUUCAGCAAGAUUUAAGGGGCGAAAUAGCAGCUUACAAAGACUCAAACAAUAACAUGAUGAUGGAAAAGAGAAACAACAGUGACAUACAAGUAGCGGUUGAUUCCGCGAGGAAAGAGCUUGAAGAAGUUAUAUCCAACAUUGAGAAAGCAAAUUCCGAGGUGAAAACCUUGAAGAUAAUUGUAGGAUCAUUGACGUCCGAACUUGAAAGAGAGAAGAAAGAUUUAGUAGAAACUAAACAGAGAGAAGCUCUUUCGGUUCAGAGAAACAUCGAAGAAGCAAGAGAGGAAAGAUCCACAGAAAUAGCCAAGAAGUUGAAAGAGGCUGGCAGAGAGGCAGAGGAGGCAAAGUCACUUGCCAUAGCUGCUCGAGAGGAGCUGAGAAAGGCGAAGGAAGAGUCAGAUCAAGCAAAAACAGGAGUCUCUGCUAUAGAAAGCAAGUUAACUGAGGCAAAAAAGGAAAUGGACGCUGCAAGAGCUUCUGAGAAGUUGGCCUUAGCUGCGAUAAAAGCAUUGCAAGAGACUCAAUGUGCUACAAAUAUUGAGAACAUUAGUAGUUCACCGAGAAGCAUAAUAAUUUCCGUGGAGCAAUAUUAUGAGCUAAGCAAACAAGCACAUGAGGUAGAGGAGGCAGCCAACAGAAAAUUAGCGGAGAUCGUCUCACAAAUCGAAUUGGCUAAGGAAGAGGAAUCAAGAAUCUUGGAAAAGCUAGAGGAAGUGAAUAGAGAAACAGCUUCUAGAAAGGAAGAGCUAAAAGAAGCAAUGGGGAAAGUAGAGAAGGCUAGAGAUGGGAAGGUUGGUAUGGAGCACGAGCUGCGGAAAUGGAGCUCAGAAAACGGGAAGAGGAGCCCGAUGUCUAGCCCCGAGGGUGGAAAGAAGGAGAAUCAUGACUUAAGCAAGUCAAAAUCAGCUUUACAUACAGCAAGAUCAUUUGCAUUUGGUGAACAAGGAAACACUAGUAAUGUGUCCCCUGAAACAAAGAAGAAAAAGAAGAGGUUUUCUUUGUUGCCAAAGGUCUUCAUGUUAUUGUCAAGGAAGAAAUCGUCGAACAAGUGA